AUGACCUAUAAGCGUAAAAAGUAUCAUGUUGGUGAUACUCAUCUAAAAAAGCGUUGGAGAGUGCGCAAUCGGAAGAAGGAUCUUGAUCAAAUUGAUAAGGACAUAAAAGAAGAAAAUGCUGAAAAGUUACUUAAUCAAGCUGUAGAUCUUGAUUUACCAGGCGCUGCACAACAUUAUUGCCUACAUUGUGCGAGAUACUUUAUUGAUAAUCAUGCUCUUUUGGAACAUUUUAAAACAAAAGUACACAAAAGAAGAUUAAAAGCUUUAGAGUUGGAACCUUAUACAAUAGAAGAAUCUGAAAGAGCAGGUGGACACGGUAAUUUUAAGCUACCUAACAAAAGAAAAAUUACAACUCAAAAUACAGGUAACACUGACAUUACUGAAAAAGAUAGUGAAGAAUUAGAGGAAGAAAGUCCAAGUAAAAAGAAAAAAGUUAGUGAUAAUGCUACU